UUUACCAAUCUACCUUCACAACGAGCGGGAGGAAUGAAGAGAGUCAGCGCGUUUCUUACAGUUUUGUUUAGCUUUAAGCGUAAUGAGCUGUAAUCGAAAAUUGUUUUGCGCGUAAAACUGAUGGUUGGCCAGAACUGGAUAGACUAAUAACUCAACUAACAACUGUUUAUGAAUUAAACGAGAGAAUUCUACUGAAGAAACGGAACCCGAAGACCUAGCAAUAUCGACUUCGCUUUUAAAUAUUAUGUUCGGAGUGACUGAAAUAAUCCAUCUAUGUUGGUUAGAGAGUGUUGUGGUCCGGAGGAAUGGCCGCGCGCAGCAGUGAUGGACACUCCGUGGACAGAUCCUCAAAGAAAAGGAACUGCAAGUUUUUCACGGUAGACAAAGUUGCCGUUGCCCGAUCCCUGUGCCUGGGCUCAGGGUUCAAGGGCGGGACUGUCUGAACAUGCUUUCAAACAAAUCAUGCGAGAACAUUACCAAUAUCGAUGUGAACGGGAAUCCGGUGAUGAGCGCUGUGAUGUUCAUCGCUGGGGUGGUUGGCAACCUGAUGGCUUUGGCUAUCCUGGGAGUCCACCAGAAAGAGCGUCGCACCAAGUCUUCAGUCUUCUGCAUUCUCGUGACAGGCCUGGCUUUGACAGAUCUGCUGGGAACGUGUUUGCUCAGUCCACCGGUUUUCAUUUGCUAUGCCCAAAGAAAAUCGCUGGUGGGUCUUACAGGAGAUUGGUGGCUUUGUGGACUCUUCGCCUUCGCAAUGACGUUCUUCGGCUUGGCCUCUAUGCUCAUACUGUGUGCAAUGGCGGUGGAGCGGUGCCUCGCUAUCAGUCACCCGUAUUUCUACUCUAAACACGUGCGCCGCAGCUUCGCCAAAAUCGUCCUCUUCCUCAUCUAUCUCUUUACCUUCGUGUUCUGCUUGCUGCCGUUCUUUGGAUACGGACGGCACAAGCAGUACUGCCCGGGCACGUGGUGCUUCAUCAAGAUGGAGGCAGAAGGAGAAGGUGAGGAUGAGGAGAGGAGAACGCUGACCUUCUCGCUGUCCUACGCAGUGCUUAUGGCGCUGCUCAUCGCCGUUGUGUUCUUGUGCAACGGUUCGGUCAUUGUCAGCCUAUGCCGCAUGCACAAGAGCCAGCUGACACGUCGGGGAUCGGUGGUGUCGGCUGGACGAAAGAGGAGGCUGAGCACCUGGUUUGGACAGGGAGAGGAAGAAAUGGACCACUUACUGCUGCUGGCCUGCAUGACCUUCAUCUUCGUCAUUUGCUCCUUGCCGCUGACUAUUUGUGGCUUUGUGAAUGCUAUUAGCCCGGUGGGGAAUGAUCAGCAGAACCUAAUGGCUUUCCGCUUCUCUGCAUUUAACCCCAUCUUGGACCCCUGGAUCUUCAUCAUCUUCCGUAAGGCGGUCUUCCACCACAUCCGGGCAGUCUUCCGCUGCUGCUUCCCCAGAGACUCAGUGAAGACCACAGCCCAAAACUCCCUGUCCUUCCCCCUGGAGGCUGGAGAACCCAAACACAACUCCAGCAUCCAGACUAAGAUCUACUGCAGCCUCCCCCAGUGAGGCCUUGAUGAGCAAUGAUGCACUUAUGAUGACGUGCAAUGAGAUAUAACAAGACGAUGAGACUUAGAAGCCUGAAAAGACUGCCUGAAUGUAUCUAGUGGUACUAAGAAAGAACCAAAUAUAAAAGCCUGGAUGUCAAAGGACCUGUUUCCUCUCCAUUGGCGAUGGAGGGGAAAUAUUUUGUAAAUAUGUGAACUGAUGCCCAUCACUAAACAGACUCUUUCGUGCAAGUAAACCACAGAAUUAGUUGAGCAAAGAUGUGAAGCAAAGCUGACAAAUGAACAGAAUGUGAAGACAAAAAACAAACAAUGUCCAUUUGGGGAACUGGCACAUACCACAAGUGUACCAAUAAUCAGCAAGCAUAGAACAUCAUGAACUAUGAGAAGGUGAAGUUGACCACCAACUUGCUCAGUAAUAGACUAAUGAAAGGGGAAGCCUUAAUCAUUUAUAGCAGAGCCACUGGAUAUAUUUGCAAAAGUUAAUAACGCCAUGCAACCAAGAUAUGGGGUGGAAAACGCUUCGCAUAUAUCACUUUAAUGUCCUUCUAAAAUCGACACACUUUUAUGCAACCCAAACUGCAGUGCCAAGAGUGUACGGUGUGACAAAAUAUGUGCUGGAAUGUUACAGCUGUUUAGUAUGUCUCAUUAAAUAUUCAUACAACUUGGUUUGUUUUCAUAAUCUGAAGGAAGCAGUUAAAGCAUCAAACAGUGAAGAUAAUUGCAUUAACUCAUGAAGAAACAUUUCCACGGAAGUUAUUAAACAGCUUAUGAAUUGGUGUUAAUUCAUUUUUCAGCAAAUUAGACGACAUGUACAGUUUAAAGCAAUUCAGAAUUAACUCAACAUAAAAAAGUGAGAAACAAAGUUUAAGAUAACUAUGAUAUACCAAGUAACAAUUUCAGACGUUAAAAAGACUAUUUGGUAUGAACUCAUACUAGAUAUAAUACCAAAAUAGUUUUUUGGGUGUAGUAAGGAUGUGUUUUUGGAAGAGCACCUUUUUGAUGAAAAUUUAAAAAUUACAUUUCAGUUACUUCAUAGAGGUAUGCUCAUUUAAUUUAACUGUAAUAAUUUAAUGUAAAUAAUAAAAAUAAAUGACUGUAAGAUUGCAUCAUAACCAGGUGCGAUUUUAAUGAAUAGCUGUGUGGUACAGGAGUUUGGACCAAUAAGAUUGCACUGUGGGCGGGGCUCCCCAGCCACCAAAAUAGGAAUCAAGCGAUCAGCUUGAUUAGAACAAAAUGUGAUGUGGAAGAGAUGGCUUUUAUCUUUAGAUUCUUUAGCAUGUCAUGUCUGUUAGUAUACGGUGUUAGAGGAAAGACUUCUGUAUAGUGUAAAUACAAUUGACCAUGCAGUAUGUUUCCAGUUCUGAUGUAUACAGUUUAAACUAUCCUAAUACAAUGCAUGUCUGCUUUCAAAGCUACCGAUAUCACCCUAAAUGUUUCAUUCAAAAACAUGGAUAUCUGUCUUUAAAAUACAUACGGUACGGUGUACAACUAUUGAAACAUUUAUAUACUCUGUUUGAAGCUAUCUGCUGCUAAAACUGCCGCUAUAGUACAUUGGUCUGUUAUACCAAUGGAUACCAAAAAGGACAGUGUCAUUAUAUGCUUUACUAAGGUCAUUCUCAGGAAACAUUGCAAGAAAAUAAAUUAUUUCAUUUGAAAAUUUUACUGUGGAACCUUAAAGAAAUCAGAUUUUCCCAUCUUGGGCCCAAAUUUUUGUUUAAUUGUUAUUAGUUAUUUAUUAUUCACUAGCCCUAUGGCUAACCAUGAAGUGGUACUUUAUUUGAACCUAAUCACAGUACUUUUGUAAUUUAUUUAUAAUUUCAAUAAAUAACUGAAUAUAUUCUGUAGUAUUGCUCAGUUUUGUUGUGCCUUGAAAUAAAUCAUACAUUACAUUCAGGAAAAAAGUAAUAACCCACACAAUUAUUAUUUUAUUUCAGUGCUGUUACAGAGAAAAUGUUUCAGGGUUGAAGUGCAAUAUGCAUAAUAAUUGCCUUAGCUUGGCUAGCAAUGCUAAUAAUAUUAAUAUUAUUAGUAAUAUUUUCUUUCUGCAAAAAACAAAGACAGAUCAGAAAAUAUUCUCAGUAAAUACAUAGAGCACACUGUAAAAAGUUAUAAGUUGACUUAACUUAAAAAAAUUGAGGAAACCUGUUGCUUGAUGAUUAAGUAAAUAAUAAUUUUAAAAAAUUAAAAAGUUAAGUGAACUUGACAAUUCAGUUAACUUAUUUUUUUAAUUAUCAUUUACUUAAAAAUUUUAAGGCAACAGGUUUCCUCGGUUUUUUUAAGUUAAGUCAACUUAUCACAGUGCAUUUUAGAAAACUGUAUAGAUGAUAUUUAAAUUUUAAUUGAAGCAAAACAUUUGAUUUUAUUCUAUUAAAAUAACAGUGUUGAAUGGGAACAUUCAAGUUCAUAUAAUUUUUUUUUUAAAACAUGUUUGCUCUAUAUAGGAAAAUCUAAGAAAUAAUAUUAAUAAAUUCAGUAUCCUGUCAUAUGAUCACAUUUAUCACACAAACGACAGUGUUUUUCUGAGAAUGACCUAUUAACAGUCUGUAUAGUUUUCAGGUGGAUCGGUAAGUUUAACUAACUAAACAAACUAAUUAACUCAUAGGUCAUACAGCAUUGAUGUAGACCGCGCAACAGGUUUUACAAAGACUGUAGAGUGACAGUUUAAAUUAAUUUCCUCACCAUGGUUGAUAUAAGUGUGUAGUGUCUGCAUGCAUGAUGUGAAUUUGAUGCCCUGUCGUGAUAUGAUAUUGUGUGUUUUGAUGAUUCGUUGCACAGUGUUGUCCAGUGCUUGGUGUGCAUUGUGUUUGUUCAUGCAGUGUUGACUCAAGCUAGAAACAAUGGAGACUUAGUAAAGAACACAAAGUAAAGAAAACAUGUGUCUUUGUCCGU